CUGGGUUUUGUGAGACGAAAAAGAGGCGAAAAUGCGAAAAUCGAUUUGACGAACAACGCGGUUUACGGUAGGAGGGAGGACCUGCGUAUCUAACUGCCCGCUCAGUUCAAAUAUAUUUUUUUAUUCUGUUUGUUUUCUUUCUCCCUAUUUUGCAAAACAAUCAAUCUGAAGAGAGUUAUCUCGUUUUAUGUGACCUUCGUUUCAUGUUUUAAUCAGUUUUAUUAUAGUGUAGUUAAUCUUCCAAGUUUAUGGGAUUUUUCAAAUGACGUGCUGCGCUAAAACAAGUUUGAAUAAAUAUCACGCCUUUUAGCUCUCUUUUUCCAAAGUAAAUAGGCAUAAAUUCAAGUUAUUAGGAUGUAAUGGAAACUAUGGCAAUGAGAAAUGACGUGAAAAUGCUGACAAAUCACAUGAUUUUGUUAAUCUUUGAAAAAUGAUGACAAAACAUUUCUUUCCUCAUGCAUUUAAUAACCAACCGUUUCUCGUCGAGACGAGCUUUUUUAUUGACUCGUUUUAUUAUUUCUCAAACGUACAGUUGUUUUUCAAUAUUUCUUUUUCCAAAAAAAUCUUUAUUUUCUUUUAGAAACUCCAUGUCGACACAACUUUUUUCUGGAGAAAUUGACUGAAUUGAAGAGAUUUCGUCUUCAUACCGGAAACGUGAAUGGAUAUACUCAAUUGAAAGUUAGUUUUUUCAUGGGUUAAGGGUUGAGAGAGUAGGAUAAAAAACCAACAAUUAUUUUCUCUGGAAAUACCUCAAUAAGAGUUUUCAACGUUUAUAUUGCGUUCAUCACAGCUUGAUUGUUUGAUAAAACAUUUACAGCUUCGUCGAUUUGAGAAUUCUGCAGACGAACUCUCAGCAUGUCUCGAUCUUCAAUUGACAUCCACUCCAAUUCCAGCAGAAUGCAAAGAAAACAGUUGCUUACUUUUAUGCGACAAUGACCAUAUUGAAAAUUAUGAUAGAGAUGAAAUCAAAAUUACAAUGAAAGUUUUUAUGUCUUCGUGGAAUAUUGGGGAAAUUGAUGAAGCUGUAACAAGUUUGAAGGAACAAUUAAAAACACAAGAUAUCGAAGUAUUGAUAGUAUCAUUUCCUGAAUUAGAAUUGAUCGAUGGAGAAUCCGAAGAAGAAGAAUUACAAAGAUGGUUCAAACAGGUCAAACCAAUCUACGAACAUUUGUGUAAUUUUGUUGAAACAUCAGGAAUUUCUUCGAUUGGAGUUUCUGAUCUUAGUGCUAAUCAACUCAAAGAAAUUCUGGAUAACUUUGAUACAAAACCAUUGAUAAAUCAUGUCAGAUUAGAUGGUUGCUGCCAAGUAAGAUAUUGCUUUAUUUAUUCAAGUAGUAAUUUUUGAUUUCAGGUUCCACAAGAAUUGCAAACACUUGCAAAAGACAAUGAUAUUCAACUCUUGGUACACAAUGAUCCAUCACCUUUUCCAGGAAAUAAUAUUUUCAAAGUAUUUUGUGAGAUUGGCGGUACCGGAGCUUCUUCUCCAGUAUGCAAUCCUUUGUUCAAAACAACAUGGCUUUCGAGAUAUUCUGUUUGGGUUCGAAAACGUUCAAUUAUGACAUCAAAAGGAUAUAUUGUUCAAUUGAUAAGAAAAGAUUUGGAUGAUUGA